AGCGAACAAGAAAGAUGUGUCGAUUAUUAUUUGUUUUGUCAACAAAACAUUAAACAGUUUUUUGGAAUAUAAAAAUGCAAAAAAGACGUACAUUUAGUGAAUAUUCCCGGCCUAGCCGAUAUCGCCUUCUUCAUGACUACAAAAAGAAGAAAAAAUUGCAGCAAAAUAUUGAUGAGACUGAAGAUCCCAUUUUCGAAAAUGCACCAAGUAAUGACUUAUCAGAUCAAGAAUUUGAAAAUCAUGAAUCGAGGAAUUCUAGCAGAGAGAAUUCGAGAAGCAGUGACGAAUCCACUGAUGAGAGUAGCUCUGACAGCUCAGACACAAGUACACAUGCAAAUAAAGAAAAUAAGGAAGAUUCUAGCGAUGAUAAUAGUGAUUGCAAUAAACACCGAGAUUAUGUCAAAAGUGACGAAUCAGAAGAAGAAACGAAUAGUAGUUCGAAUGAAGAUGACAGCAGCAGCAGCAGCGAAAAUGAAGAUGAAGAUGAAAACGAUAAAUUUUUAUAUCCAGGAGCACCGUUAACUGUUGCGCAAAGUAUGAUCGUAAUUUUGUCUCUUCUGAUAAGAUAUCAAUUAACAGGAUCCUGUUUAGCAAGCAUACUAGAAGUGAUUGCAAUGCACUGUAUACAACCAAAUUUAUGCAAAAAAACCCUUUAUUUUUUUAAAAAAUUUUUUAGAAAUAUUGGAGUACCACUUGUUAGACAUUAUUACUGUUCGAAAUGUUUAAAAAAACUACCAUCGCGUUCAUCCAAGUGUACUAAAUGCAAAAAAUUUAAAGGAAUAAGUUAUUUAAUCGAAAUACCUCUUUUAACGCAAUUACAAGUCUUUUUCAAACGACCCGGUUUUUUUGCAAGUUUAAGUCAUAGGUUUACACGGAAAAAACAAAACGAAGAUAACUUGGAAGAUAUUUAUGACGGUAAAAUAUAUAAAAAACUUAGCAAAAAUGGCAACAUUCUGUCUAGUGUUAACAAUAUUUCGCUAAUGUGGAAUACAGACGGUGUGCCGUUAUUCAAGUCAUCUAAAAUUAGCAUAUGGCCAUUUUAUUUCACCAUCAAUGAGCUACCAUUCGCAGAACGAAUUAAAAAGGAAAAUAUGAUUCUUGCCGGAUUAUGGUUCGGUCCUUCAAAACCUUCUCCUAAUCUGUUUUUACAAUUUCUUCAAGAGUCACUACAAAAAUUGUAUAAUGGUGUAAAUUUUACAAUUCAUGGAAAGACGAAUAAAGUGAAAGUAAGGGGUAUUGUAAUAUGUGGAACCUGUGAUUCACCUGCGCGAUCUUUAUUUCUAAAUACGAAGCAAUUCAAUUCAAAAUUCGGUUGCCCGAAAUGCAAAAUCCAAACCAAAAAACUGCGAAAAAAUCUUCGUGUAUAUCCACACCAAGAUGAACUGAACUUACGGACGUCAUCAGAAACAGAAAAGUUCGCUGCAAAGGCUCAUAAGAAAAAAAACCCGUAUUUGGAGUAAAAGGACCCUCUGUAUUAUCGAAAAUAACUCAUGAUUUUAUUCGAACGAUGACUCUUGACGCAAUGCACUGUGUAUUCCUAGGAGUUGUAAAACGACUUUUAUUCUUGUGGUUUCACUCUAAAUUUCAUGGAAAAUCUUGGUCUUUGUCAAAGUUUAUAAAAGUUAUUGAUAAAAGAAUAACAUCUUUAACUCCUCCAUCGUUUGUAAAGAGACUGUCAAGAAACAUUUCAGAUCAUAAGUAUUGGAAAGCUUCAGAAUUAAAAAUAUGGCUUCUAUAUUAUUCUUUACCGAUUUUGAACGACAUUCUGCCAGAACCAUACUUAUCGCACCAUAAACUUCUUGUAUUAGCCAUUUAUUUGUUAAGUCAAAAAAGCGUUUCAAAAGAUAUGGUUGAUCUUGCAGACAGAGCACUUAAAGAAUAUGUGAGCAAAUUCCAAGUUUUGUAUGGCUUAGACCAUAUGACAUCAAAUUUGCAUUCUCUGCGUCAUUUAGCACUCGGUGUUUUAGAUUUUGGUCCUCUGUGGGUAACGUCGUGUUUCGCAUUUGAAAGUAUGAAUGGAAUUUUGAAAAGUAUGGUUCAUGGUACAAAAUAUGCUGAAUUACAAAUAUGUUCAGCUGCAAAUAUGUUGAUGUGCCAUGCAGAAUUAAAAUCAAAAGUUUUACAGGUAGGUUCUUUGGCUUAUAAAUUUUGCAAAAAAAUAGAAAAGAGCGGCACACAUAGAUUAAAAGCAUAUUUUGUGAUGGAAAAAAUCGCCAUUAUCGGCAAAUGUAAACAGUUUAAUGAGUCAUUUGAAAAAUUUCGAAAUUGUUUGACAUCAUUUGGACUUAACAUUGGUUCUAAUUUAAAUGUAUUUUACAGACUUCUGAAAAGUAACCUAGUUUAUUCUUCAGAAAUGUACGACGCAAAGUUUAAAACCACAACAUGUUGUGUGAAAUAUCGAUACAAUGGCGUUAAAAGUAUUGGAGUGGUCCAAUGUUUCCUCAGAAUGUCAACAUGUUCAUGUGGUAAAAAUUGUAAUGCAUGCUAUGAUAACUGCAAAUUAUAUGCUAUUGUUAAAAAGUGUAAGACGACAAAUAACUUCUUUGCUCCGUUACAAAAUACUUGUUUAUCAUUUAUUCACAAAUUUACAAAUUCUCAAAACGAAGAAUAUCUUUUAAUUGAUGUCAACGAUUUAAUUACAGUUUGUUUUAAACUUGUAAUUGCAGGAAAGCCAAAGGAGCCAAAUGUCGUCUACGCAAUAGAGCCCGCGACACUGUCAGAAUAUGAAUAAUAAUUGUUUGUUGAAAAUUAUUAUUUGACAG